CGUCGAGCUCUCACACGUACGAGCACGAGCGAGCCAGCGGGCGAGAGGCAGCCAAUCCACCGUAAGUAGUACCUACUUUCCAUCGAUAAUCUCCGGCUAGCGCCGACGAUGACGCACGACCAUCAUCACGUCUCGGUGCCGGCCGCAUAUUCAGCGGUGACGUACACCCAUCAUCAUAUCUCUAUACCAGCAGAAUCGCCGACGACGACGCACAGCCAUCAUCAAGGCGGCGGCGGCGGCCACCACCACCAUCAUCACCACGGUCAUCACCACCAUGAUGACGACAGCCAGCAGCAGCGGGCGGCCUUGCCGGGUUUCCCGGUCCCGUACGCGGACCCGUCCCCCGCCCUGGCAUCUACGAGGGUAGGAGCAGCAGUCCUCGAGCCCACGACGGACGACGACGACGACUGCUGCGACGCCGACGACCGCUUCAGAGCCGUCUGGUGUGCGAUCACCGUGAUCGUGAUCGUGGUGGGCAUCCUCCUCUAUGUAUUCGUGUUCAACCGGCGGUAGGUCGACGGGAGCGUGGAGAUUGCUUUGAUGACAUGGAGGACACGCAUGGAGCCAGCACCCAGCAGAUUAGUUAGCACGGGCUCGACGACGCGGUAGUCAUGACUAUUAUCACGUGAGACCUUGGUGUAACUCUACAAUUUAUGCUUCCUUGCGAAAGAAAAACUGCAAUUUAUGCUAGCAAAUCGAUCGAGCUAGAAAUAUAUUCCUCGCUACGAUGAUCAGGGAAAGCAACAAUAUAUUCCGAGCUAAAAAUAUAUCAUCAACUGUCA